AUGACCCACAGUUACCAGUCGUGCGGGGACUGGGAUUGCGAGUGUGCUUUCAGGAACGAGCGGAGCUGCUGCUGUGCACAAAAUGACUACUCCCAGAUGGUUGACAAUACCGUCAACAGAGUAGUCAAUCUCUGGAAUGAUGUGGCCCAACUGGAGGGCGAGAUUGAGCGACUCACAGAAGGACAGAAGGUGGCGUUCACAGCAAAUUUCACCGUGGAAGGUUGCUACGGCCCCCACACCAGCAGCAUGCCCAUCCCCUACAAUAUUGUCCUCCUCAACGAGGGAAAUGGGUUCAACAAAGGCCUGGGAGUCUUCAUGACGCCGUUCGCUGGUGUCUACUCCUUCACCUUCACUACGUCCUCCCAAGUGGAGAAGAACCAGCGCAUGUACUACCACGUGCAGCUGAUUAAGAACGGCGAGCCGGUGGUGUCGGUGUGGGAGGACAACCGCGACGACGCCAUGGACAGCGCCACCCAGAACGUCCUGCUGGAGCUCAGCCGCGGAGACCUGGUCUACGUGCAGCUCCUGCCGGGCCGCAAGAUCUGCAGAGAGAAGCGGGACAUUGUCAACGUCUUCUCUGGGUACAUGGUCUAUCCUUCCUCUUAA